GCUGCGAGUGCUGGUAGAAGCGCUGGACACCUUCGCGGAGAUCCUGCAGAAGAUCGCCCCAGCCCACAAACUCGCCAAGGACUGGGAGGCUGCCAUCUUUGUGGAUUACAUGUCCCUGUACCAGUUCCCGCGAACUGAAGAGCAGGACGUCUACUUCGCGAAGGGCAUGGCCAACAUGCACCUCCUCUACGCGCAUGAUGAGACCUGGUCGCUAAGGAUCGAGGACCUGACGCCCGGCCUCCACGACCGGCCCGGGCCCGAGCUGUCUGGGACCGCUAAGGUCUUCUACCUCCCCGAGAACGCCGUGACGGAUGUGGCGCUGGCCGAGCUGCGCGACACGAACGACCAGGGCAGCUGCAGCCCGGGAUGCCACUUCGGCUGCCGCCCGCCCUGCCCGCAGCUGCACCGGAACAGCACGCCGUACCGGGAGCGCGGGUGGUGCAUGGCGGAGGUCCAGUGGUCGCUGGCGCGGUUUGCUGCCUGGAAGAGCAUCAGGAUUCCCUUCCGCGAAGGCCGGAACUCAGAGGCGCCCAUGGCGCCCUCGGAGUUCCGCGCCCAAGUGGAGAGGGGGACCCUGAAGUUCACGCACCGCGCGGACCUGGAGCCGGUGCUGCAACUCCAGGCCAAGGUCUUCCGGGAGAAGGCGGCCGAGGCCACGAACCUGAAUCUAGCGCAUCUGCCCGAAGCCCAGGUCCAGGUGCUGGCCCGGGCGCUGCCGCACUACGAGCGCCUGGAGGAGCUGUAUGUGGGCAGAAGCGAGCUGGCCGGCGAGGCCUUCCAGGCCCUGGUGCGGGCGCUGCCCUGGAGCCACCUGCGGCAGCUGAAGCUGAUAUACUCCGGCUUCGGAGACGCAGAGGCCGAGGUGGGGGCGCACCCGCUCCGCCUGCUCUGCCUCUCCCGAAGUGUGGCCGCCUCUCAAAAGUGGCGGGGUCGGGUUCUCUGCGGUGUCCUUCUCGAUUUUCGUGGGCGCUUCUUCUUGAGGGGUUGCAUGUGGAUGCCUGUGGUCAUAGACGAUUUCUAUCGGGAUUUGCUGCAUGUUGCUCCGUGGUUCGUGCACUUCCUGAGGCGCGACAUGUCACUGGAGAAAAUGAAAAGCCAGCAGCCCAAGUCGUCCAUUCACGAGCAAACAUGUGGACGGCCAAAUCUAGCCAAUCAGGCCCUUGGAGCUGGUCUGGGCGGCCACUCCUCGCUGCGGGUGCUGUGGCUUCACGGCAAUCGCAUCGGCGACAGCGGCCUCCAGGCCUGGGGAGGGGGGAAAGGUUCGGAGUCGGCAGGCCCUGAAGACAUUUUGGACAUCCGGCUGCGCCACAAGGACCUACGAGAACUAAGCCUGUCCAAGAACAUCUUCGGCGAUGCGGGGACGCAGGCCUGGAGUUGA